AGGGAGGGCCUGGUGCCCCCCGGCCCUGGUGUGUGGGGUCGGUGGGAGGCCCGCACUCUGCGCUCAGUCUGCCGUAGCCUGCGGCAGAGGCCCAAGCCCCGCGGAGUUUCGCUCUGCGGUCCCAGGUGCGGCCGAGGCGCCGUCCUUCCGGGCGCUGGGCGGGGCGCUCACCUCGCGGCGAUCCCGGUGCUCCUGACCUGUGGGGUCUCCCGGCUUAGUUCUGGGCUCGUUGGAGCGAAUCUCUAAAGACUGGGUUUCAGCCAGAAACACAAAGACGAACGCCCAGCCUGCGCGGGCAGAGCUGGUGACACAAUGAGAUUUGUGGGACUGGGCUCCCAGAGGCUGGCGCAGGGGAGACCCCACAGCAAAGAAGCUCGGUAGCCCGGGUCAGUCGUGGGUUAGUUAAAACCGCAGAGCCUUUCCGACCCCUCGGAAGCGCGUGUGAAAAUCACAAAUGUCGUCAAAUGAUGGAAGAUCCAGGAAUCGGAACAGGCACUACGAUGAGGUCCCAGGCGACUUGCCCUAUCAAGAUGAUACCAUAAGAACUCUUCACAACAGUGAGCGGGCAGUGAGCGCUGAUCCCUUGCCACCACCUCCUCUCCCAUUACAGCCACCAUUCGGCCCAGACUUCUACUCAAGUGACACAGAGGAACCAGCUAUAGCGCCAGAUCUCAAACCAGUAAGGCGCUUUGUCCCUGACUCCUGGAAGAACUUCUUCAGAGGGAAGCAAAAGGACCCCGAAUGGGAUAAGCCGGUCUCUGAUAUCAGAUACAUCUCCGAUGGAGUGGAGUGUUCACCGCCAGCCUCUCCAGCAAGACCAAACCACUGUUCGCCCCCUACCUCCUGCAAAGAUCCUUACGGAGGGUCAGAAGGAAACUUUAGUUCCCGGAAAGAGGCUGACACAGUGUUUCCCCAGGAUCCCUAUGGAUCACUAGACCGACACACACAAACAGUUCGAACAUACAGCGAGAAAGUGGAGGAGUAUAACCUGAGAUAUUCCUACAUGAAGUCGUGGGCAGGCCUGCUGAGAAUACUGGGUGUGGUGGAGCUGCUUUUGGGGGCUGGCGUCUUUGCUUGUGUCACAGCUUACAUUCACAAGGACAGUGAGUGGUAUAACUUGUUUGGAUAUUCACAGCCCUAUGGCAUGGGAGGCGUUGGUGGACUGGGCAGUAUGUAUGGGGGCUAUUACUACAGUGGCCCUAAGACCCCUUUUGUACUCGUGGUUGCUGGAUUAGCUUGGAUCACUACAAUUAUUAUUCUGGUUCUUGGCAUGUCCAUGUAUUACCGGACCAUUCUUCUGGACUCUAAUUGGUGGCCCCUAACUGAAUUUGGAAUUAACGUUGCCUUGUUUAUUUUGUAUAUGGCCGCAGCCAUAGUCUAUGUGAACGAUACCAACCGCGGUGGCCUCUGCUACUAUCCGUUAUUUAAUACACCAGUGAAUGCAGUGUUCUGCCGGGUAGAAGGAGGACAGAUAGCUGCAAUGAUCUUCCUGUUUGUCACCAUGAUAGUUUAUCUCAUCAGCGCUUUGGUUUGCCUAAAGUUAUGGAGGCAUGAGGCAGCUCGGAGACAUAGAGAAUAUAUGGAACAACAGGAGGUACAUGAGCCAUCGUUGUCAUCGAAAAGGAAAAUGCUGCAGUGUGAAAUGGCCACUAGUGGUGACAGACAAAGAGAAUCAGAAGUUAAUUCCAAAGAAUUGAGAACAGCAAAAAUGAAACCUGAACUACUGAGUGGACACAUCCCCCCAGGUCACAUUCCAAAACCUAUCGUGAUGCCCGAUUAUGUGGCAAAAUACCCUGUGAUUCAGACGGAUGAUGAGCGAGAACGCUAUAAAGCUGUGUUCCAAGACCAGUUUUCAGAAUACAAAGAGCUGUCUGCAGAAGUUCAAGCUGUCCUGAGGAAGUUUGAUGAGCUGGAUGCAGUGAUGAGCAGACUGCCACAUCAUUCGGAAAGCCGGCAGGAACAUGAGAGAAUUUCAAGAAUCCACGAAGAGUUUAAGAAAAAAAAGAAUGAUCCUACAUUUCUGGAAAAAAAAGAACGCUGUGAUUACCUAAAGAAUAAACUUUCUCACAUAAAACAAAGAAUUCAAGAAUAUGAUAAAGUAAUGAAUUGGGAUGUACAAGGUUAUUCUUAGCCCUUUUUUUUUUUUUUUUUUGAGGCAGAGUCUCGUUUUGUCACCCAGGCUGAAGGGUAGUGGUGCAAUCUCGGCUCACUGCAACCUCUGCCUCCUGGGUUCAAGCGAUUCUCCUGCCUUAGCCUCCUGAGUAGCUGGGACUACAGGCACACGCCACGACACCCAGCUAAUUUUUGUAUUUUUAGUAGAGAUGGGGUUUCACCAUGUUGGUCAGGCUGGGAAACCACUUUUUUAAAAAAAAUAGCAAGUUUACUAUUUAUUUACUGCCUUUUUAAUGCCAGCCUCUGUGGUAGAGAAGCAAGCAGUUCCUGAAUCAGCUUCCAGUUGGUUUAACCAGUAUGCAACAUUAAAGAUUUUUACUCCGACAUUUUAAAACAAAUUCAAAUGUACUAAGGGCCUUUACUAAGAAUGGAACAAAUCCUGUGUUCAGCUGUGUUCAAUUUCAUAUUUGUCCAUCUCAUUUAAAUGUGUCAUCAUUUUAGAGAUCAUAUCCUGGCAGCGUGAUGGGCAAGUGGACUGCCAAUUCUGGUGCUACUUUCCUUUUUAACUCAGGCAGAUUCCUAGGAUUUUUCUAGAACAAAUUUUGUUCCUAUAGAAAUUCCUCGGGGCCUUCUAAAGAAUUUUUCUAAGGAUAAAUGGGUGACAUUUUUCAAAAGUUUCAUUUAUUCUUUUGAAUGGUGUUUGAAUUCCAGAUCAACAUUUUCAAACAUUGUGAUCUCGGGGAAAUUGUUUAAUCUCUCUGUGCCUGUUUCCUCUUCCGUAGAACGGGGCCAAUAAUAGUCCCUUCCCCAUAGAGUUGUUAUGAAGAUUAAAAGAAUCACUAAUAUAGUAAGGACUAUAUUAGUGUUUGUGAAAUCUAUAGAAGUGUUUGUGAAAUGAAUAAAUUAUAAAGAAUGAGUCUCAAGAAGAGGUCCUUAAUUAGUAAACCCAACCUACUUAACCAAAAGCCCAAGUGUCUGGUGCCUUUCUUUUUUGCGGUGUUAACUGGUGGCCUUAGCCCAAUGCUUCCCUGUGGCUCUGUGGCCCCUGGGGUUCCAAAUGGCCUUCCUGUCUUUCAUCGGUGUGACUGCACAUCUCUCCAUCUCCCUAUAGUCCAGCUGCCCUGAACUCAUUGAAUUAUAUGAAUGGUAUUGCCUUUCUCUUCCCUUUGGACAUCCACACUACAGUCUCACAUGAUGUAGCAUUUCCUUGAAACCUCCCUUUGAAUUUUUGGGAUGCUUCAUCUUUUUUUUUUUUUUUGAGAUGGAGUUUCGCUCUUGUUGCCCAGGCUGGAGUGCAAUGGCGUGAUCUCAGCUCACUGCAACCUCUGCCUCCCGGGUUCAAGCAGUUCUCCUGCCUCGCGAGUAGCUGGGAUUACAAGUGCCUGCCACAACACCCAGCUAAUUUUUUGUAUUUUUAGUAUAGACAGGGUUUCACCAUGUUGUCCAGGCUGGUCCCAAACUCCUGACCUCAGGUGAUCUACCCACCUCAGCCUCCCCAAGUGCUGGGGUUCAGGCGUGAGCCACUGCACCUGGCAGGGAUGCUUCAUCUUUCUAAGCAUUAUCCUGGCUUUGGAAUUUAUUCAUGAGAAAUGUUUUAUUUUUGUUAGUAUGAACAGUAAACUGCCUUUAAAAUUUUUUUAAAAAAACAAAAUCAUUCUUCUUGGAUUUUAUUCAUCAGCAUCUAGUGUGUAGAUAAAUUUCCAGCAUUUCAGCUUCUGCCUAAUAUAGCUGCCUUUCAAACAAUUAACCAUUCAAAGAGUUUUCUAAAGUGAUGAAACCAAAGAAAAGCAUGUGGAAAAGCAGAAGCUUAGAAAGUUAUGGCCACUGAAGGCACUUCCUGGUUUUUAUGUCAGUGAAAUCUUUAUGCAUUCCUUGUUCAUACUUUAAUUCCAUGGCUUCCCAGACUGUGAAGGGGUGACACCUAAGGAGGCGUGAGACCCUUCCUGGGAACCCCGAAAUGGAACAACUUCACUUUCUCUUUUAUGUAUUGAUCCCUGUGUUAACAUUUUACUUAAGAAGAGCAACAGUGAGGCCAGGCGCAGUGACUCAUGCCUGUAAUCCCAACACUUUGGGAGGCUGAGGUGGGUGGGUCACAAGGUCAAGAGAUCAAGACCAUCCUGGCCAACAUGGUGAAACCCUGUCUCUACUAAAAAUACGAAAAAUUAGCUGGGCGUGGUAGCGCGCUCCUGUAGUUCCAGCUACUCAGGAGGCUGAGGCAGGAGAAUCGCUUUAAUCCGGGAGGUGGAAGUUGCAGGGAGCCAAGAUUGCACCGCUGCACUCCAGCCUGGCAAAAGAGUGAGACUCUGUCUCAAAAAAAAAAAAAAAAAAAGCACCAGUGCUUUAAAAAAAAAGAGGUAAAAUAUUACCAUUUUGAUAGACUACAAAGAGUUAGAUUCCUGUUGAAGUAUUAAGGAAAUUGAACAUUGUGAAACUUGUAAAAUAAAGUUUAUAACUGUAAAUGUUAAUCUUUGAAAAUGCAAUGCUGUAACACUGAUUUGUAAAUGUUGUGGUCAAUCCCCAGGUGUGUUAAAGUUUCGGUCAGCUGUCGUGUGUGUGCCUUUUAUGUUUGCUUUCCUAGCAUUCCUGUGUUCACUGUGCAUGUUCUUGAAAAUAUUUUCACUUAUCAGAAAAUAAACUGGAAAGUCAUUGAAAA